AUGACUGACCAUGCCGACGUAGGCUUCAGUAGAACAUACUGUACCAUCCACUUCACGCGUGGGACAGGGAAGCCCGAUGACUACUCCCAGCAACACAAACUCCAACCUGAAUGCACACGCCUUGGGUCCAGCCGGGCCUACCAGCAGCAGCAGAACUGUGGCUCGGGCAAAGGCACCCUGCCCAAGCUGGAUACUAAGCCCUUGGUUGUAAACAAUGCCAAGUACCAUCACCUGUCCGAAUGCAUCCUGCCCCACAUCACCAGCAAGGGCCUGCAGAACACCUGUGAUAGGCAGCUUUCAGGAACUAGACACCAGGAAAGCUUCCAGGAUGAGAGAUCACAGAGCUCCACAGUGGAGAGUCUGCCAGAGUCCAUCAACAGGAAGAACAAUCAGGAGCAGGAGAGGAAUAUUGAGGGACACAAUCUGCCCAUGUCUCCUGCAGAGGUCCUGAAGGUGUUCAAAGAUCGUCUGACUGAGCAUGAGCAGGAGGAGAUCAUGGACUACUCCGAGGUCUGGUACCUGGGCCUGGAUGCCAAGAAGAUGGAGGGUUCCCCCAGCCUGCCCCAUAACUCUGGCUACGACGAUGAGAGCGGAGGCUAUCUGAAGGUCGCGCAUGACCACAUAGGCUUCCGGUUUGAGGUGCUCGAGGUGAUCGGAAAAGGAUCCUUCGGACAGGUCCUGAAGUGCCUGGAUCACAAGACCAAUGAACUUGUCGCCAUCAAGGUCAUUCGCAACAAGAAAAGGUUCCACCACCAGGCCAUGGUGGAGUUGAAGAUCCUGGAUGCGUUGAGACGGAAGGACAAAGACAACCAACACAACGUCAUUCACAUGAAGGAGCACUUCUACUUCCGGAACCAUCUCUGCAUCUCCUUCGAGCUCCUGGGAGUGAACCUGUACGAACUCAUCAAGAAGAACAACUUCCAGGGCUUCAGCCAGAUCCUGGUGCGCCGCUUUGCCUACUCCCUCCUCAAGUGCCUGCAGAUGCUGCACAAAGAGAAGAUCAUCCACUGUGACCUGAAACCGGAAAACAUCCUUCUGUCACACAAAGGCCAAGGCAACAUCAAGGUCAUUGACUUUGGCUCCAGCUGCUACGAGCAGCAGAGAGUUUACACCUACAUCCAGAGCCGCUUCUACCGUUCCCCAGAGGUGCUCCUGGGCCAUCCCUACAGCAUGGCCAUUGACAUGUGGAGCUUUGGCUGCAUCCUGGCUGAGCUCUACACUGGCUUCCCCCUCUUCCCUGGGGAGAGUGAGGUGGAGCAGAUUGCCUGCAUCAUGGAGGUGCUGGGAAUGCCUCCAAAUGAUUUCUUGUCGACAGCGACCAGGAAAAGGCAUUUUUUUGAUUCCAAGGGCAAACCCAGGAACAUCACCAACAGCAGGGGGAGAAAGAGACAGCCCAACUCCAAGGAUCUGGCCAGUGUCCUGAAGACCAACGAUCCUGUCUUUCUGGAUUUCAUCAAACACUGUCUCACGUGGGACCCUAAGAAGCGCAUGACGCCCGACGAGGCCAUGCAACAUGAGUGGAUCCAGGAGGCCCGCUCCAACAAGUUUCGGCCCAAGACCAGCACCGUGAGAAGACCCAGGGAGAGCCUGAGCAACGUGGAGAACAACAAGAACAACAAGAUAGAGCAGCACAUUCCCCACAAACCAGCCCUCAUCAACAAGAUAGUUGACAAGGCAUUCUACAGCCCGUUCUCCAACGCCACAGACAGGCCCAAGAGAGAGAACUCUGUGAAGCUGGCGUCCGCCGAGCGCUUGCGUCCGAUCGGGGCUUCGGCCGAGGGCCAGAUGGGCGAGGGCAGGACCAAGAGCACCAGGGCUGUUAGCAGCAGCAAGCAGGAGGUAUCUAGGGAGAGAUCAGUCCACAUCGUCAUCAGACCCCAGCUGGAGUACACUGCAGACGCAGACAGGGACAGUCUGGAGCCCCAGCAGGGCCUGUCCCCCAUCACAUGAA